UCCAGCCCCUCCUUCCGCUGAGCAGCGUGUGUUCCUCCGUGUAGACGGAGCCCGCUGGCCCUAACCGACGCUGGUGCAGAGCGAGCGGAGCGGGGACUACGCACCACCUCCGCCCGCAGCGGCCCGGACGAGGCCCGGGGAUGGCGUCUCUUGGCUUGGGGCUGCAUGUCAUCCGCAAGCGUGGAGCAGGAAGGAGCGCCGUGGUGGAGAGGAGGAACCUGCUCACCGUGUGCAGGUUUUCAGUGAAGACUCUGCUGGACCGCUCCUGUUUUGAGACGAUAGACGACACAUCUCCAGAGUUUGUUAACUUUGUUUCCAUCCUGGAGCACAUCCUCAGCCAUCGACUCAAAGGUAAAAAACGUCAGACAACUUGGUUUGGCUAUGAGAGUCCUCGGAGUUUCUGGGAUUACUUAAAAGCCGCCUGCAGCAAAGUACCAAAUAAUUGCAUUCGAAGCAUCGAGAGUAUGGAAAAUGUGCGACCAUCGAGAGCUAAAGGCCGGGCGUGGAUCAGAGUGGUCCUGAUGGAGAAAAGAUUAUCAGAAUACAUCUCAUCUGCACUGAAGGACAUCAAAACCACAAGGAGGUUUUACGAGGAUGGAGCGAUCAUGCUGGGAGAGGAGGCGGGGCUGUUAGCAGACACACUCAUCGGACUCAACACCAUCGACUUCAGCUUCUGUCUGAAAGGAGAGAGUCUGGAUGGCAACUGCUCCGCUGUGAUCGACUACACGCCUUACCUGAAGUUUCCUCAGAAUGCAGACAGCAUCAGCAGCGACGAGGAGGAGAUGAGGACGCUGGGGAGCAGCGGCAGUGAGAGCAGCACCCCCGACAAGAUGGCCACCGCUGCCUCCAUCUUCACCGAGCAGAGCAACUUGGUCAGCAAGUGCAAACGCUUUGAGCAGAAGUACCGAAUGGCGUUGGAGCAGAAGGGUUACCUGGAAGAGCUGGUCCGUCUGCGAGAAGCCCAGCUGUCAGAGGUCGUGUCUCAUAACAAAGCUCUUCAGCAGAGCCUAGCAGACACACACCUCUCCCACACACUGGAGAAAGAACAGCUUGAGUACAUUGUACUGGAAUUACAGGACCAACUGACGGUACUGAAGAACAAUGAUUUGCGGUCCAGGCAAGAGUUGACAGCCCAUCUGACCAAUCAGUGGCCAUCUCCCGUCGCCUUGGAUACCAAUGCAGUUGCCUUGGACACGCUGCUGUACAGGAAGAGCACAGGACAGUGGGAGGAGAAGAGUUUCCAGAGUCUGGAGCAGCUGUCUGCAGACAUGAGUCUCUCCCAGACGUCUCUUGAACCGUCACACACACUGAGUCUGGAGGCCAGGCCGACCGGCACACACUGGCCUCACCAAGGUAAAGAGGAAACUCCGUCUCUAAGAGGUCUGUGUGGCUCCCUGACCUCAGUCGCCAGCUACAAGUCUCUGGCCAGCCUGAAGUCCAGCGAGUGUUUGGCCAGUCCUGCAACAGAGAUCAGCAGUCCAGGCUUCACCCCGUCGUAAUGAACGGAGAGCUAAAUAAACAGAUCUCCACCAGGGAAAGACAAUCCAGGAACUUUGUAAAUGUAGGUGAUAUUGUUUUGUAGACAUUUAUGUUCUUAAUGUUGAGCCCAGAGCUUUAACAGAUGGACGUCAGGUUUGCAAGUUGAGAAUCUGGUGUAGAAUGUUGUGUUAAAACUCAAGAGCAGCUGCAUCAGAAUGAAUAAUGUCAGUUUACUCCAACCUCUGACUCUUUGUAGAGGAACUCCUGCUGUUACUUAAUCAAUAUGUGUUUAAAUUAUUUGAUUUGUUGGUGUUUUCAUAAUUUUUUCCAUUUUAGGAAAUAAAUUAAAAUAAUAUACAGCUGAUCUAAGGAUUGAAAGGUUUCCCAGGAGGUCUUAGCAUGCUGAAAAUACUGACUGUAGAUCAGAUCAGAGUUCUGACCAAAAUCGUUACUAUGAGUCAUUUCCUGCAGCUGUAAGGUCCUUUUAUUAUUUUCUGUGCCGUUACUGCUGCCACUGCAUUUAUAUAAUUGUUUUUUAAAUCUAGUAAUCUCUUUGAUUUAUGAUGAAUGUACUUCCACUUUUGUCACAUUAUGUCAUCAAUUUUUCAUACAUAAUGCU